AUGGAGGAAAGCAAUCUGCUGCCUAAACAGGCGAAGGCAGAGCACCUUUGCGUGCUGAUUCACGGACUCUGGGGCAACCCGACACAUCUUGAUUAUAUAGUUUCCUCCCUAAGAGAGAAGUAUGAGGAAUCGUCACUACAGAUCCUGUGCCCGAAAAGCAAUGCAGGAACCCUCACCUACGAUGGCAUUGAGCUUGGCGGAGAGCGAGUAGCGCAUGAGGUCGAGGAGGCGAUAAGGAGCUCUGCGGAGCAAGGAUGCAAGAUUCGCAAGCUGAGCGUUGUAGGGUACUCACUGGGCGGGCUAAUCGCUCGAUAUGCCAUCGGUCUACUCUAUGCGAAGGGGUAUUUCGAUGACAUAGAGCCGGUCAACUUUACUACUUUUGCAUCGCCGCAUGUUGGCGUGAGAAGCCCCGCAAGGAAAAGCCAUUUCUGGAAUGUACUCGGUGCCAGAUGCGUCUCAACGUCAGGCCGACAACUCUUCAUGAUUGAUUCAUUCCGCGACACUGGAAAGCCGCUUCUCAGCAUCCUUGCUACCCCUGGAAGCAUAUUUAUGCUUGCGCUUGCGAAAUUCAGACAUCGAACCCUCUAUGCAAAUGCUGUUAACGACCUUAGUGCCGUUUAUUACACGACUGCGAUAUCUAGGACGGAUCCCUUUACACAAGUGGAUGAUCUCUCAAUAAGCUAUGUCGAUGGUUACGCGCCGGUAGUCAUUAAUCCUGAUCGGCCAAUACUUCUUAGACCAAAAUCCCAAUCCCUAAUUGGUUGGCUAGCAUCAACCGCGCGGUCGACGAUAUCAGUGCUCCCGUUUCGGUUGUUCUUAUUUACCGUCGUCGGUUUUGCGUCCGUGAUAUUCGUUGUGAACGCAGCGUAUCAGACUAUUCUGAGCGAGAAACGCAUCCGUCUCCACGAGCAAGGUAGAUCCGGGGUAUUUUACAAUACAUAUAGGGUCCCACUAAUUAUGGAGGGGUUCCGGAACGCUGUCGAGGACAUGUACGAAACUGCCAAUGCUGCACAGAAGCCGGAGUAUAUCUCGAACCCAGUUCCGGAAGAGGGUCCCCAUGGUGCGAGCAGCGAAUACCCAAAUUCUACUCAACCAGAACGCGCGGAAGCUGCAUCUACUUCAAAGGAACCUCAUCAAUGCGCGGAUAACACCACUACCCACGAAGAAGGAGAUGCCCCCUUUCCUACCCUUGCUUUAACCACCGCUCAGUUCCGAAUUAUUGACAAUCUUGACUCAGUGGGAUUCCGCAAGUACCCGGUCUAUAUCCAUCAAGUGCGGCAUAGUCAUGCAGCUAUCAUCGUGAGGAUGCCUAGGGAGUCGUUUAAGGAAGGGAAGAUUGUUGUGAGGCACUGGAUAGAGGAGGAGUUCCGCAUCUGA